CACAAAGUGGCGUCUGGUGAGGAUAAGUUUAUGCAAUUCAUACCAACUACCUCUGAGAGGUGGUUUCCGAUAGACUCCGGUUCAUGACAAAUAACGGUAUACUAAAUAGAGAAUAUAAAAAACAAACAACAAAAUAAGGUAACACACCACCACCAGAUAAUAACAAAAAAUCAAGGCCCCAACAUAUUAAUACUAUAAUUAUUUAACAUAAUUCACGUAUAGUUAAUUAAAUAUAAUUAUUUUGACCAAUCGAUUAAAUGUGCAAUUUGCUCAAAUUUUGAAGAAAAACACAGAUGGAAAACAUGUGGCUAUUGAGGCAGUAGGCCUAAGCCCCAAAAACUGGAUCUAUUAAAGCCCGAACAUGAUAAAGCCCAAGCCCAAUAAACUACUCCAUCUCUCUAUAAAUCUCUGAAACCCUAUUCUCCCCACACUUCUUAGGGCUUUUUAACCUAGUUCCCAUUCCCACUCCCCUAUCCCAUUCCCGCCGCCGCAGAAAUGACUACCCGUUUCAAGAAGAACAGGAAGAAGCGCGGCCACGUCAGCGCCGGUCAUGGUCGUAUAGGUAAGCACAGGAAGCAUCCCGGUGGUCGUGGUAACGCCGGAGGUAUGCACCAUCACCGUAUCCUUUUCGACAAGUACCAUCCAGGUUACUUCGGUAAAGUCGGUAUGCGUUACUUCCACAAGCUCCGCAACAAGUUCUAUUGCCCUACUGUCAACAUCGACAAGCUUUGGUCACUUGUUCCACAAGAGGUGAAGGAUAAGGCUGCUGCAAGCAAAGAUAGUGCUCCGUUGAUCGAUGUGACUCAGUACGGGUACUUUAAGGUGCUGGGAAAAGGUGUUUUGCCGGAGAAUCAACCUGUUGUGGUGAAGGCGAAGCUGAUUUCGAAGAAUGCUGAGAAGAAGAUUAAGGAGAAUGGCGGUGCUGUUGUUCUCACUGCUUAGGUUUGGUUUUAUUUAGUAGUUUUUGGUAUUCGUGUAGCCGAUCUUGACUUGUUUGGGAUUAAGGCUUAGUUUAUCUUCAGUUUUGGAUUUUGAUUAUUAAGGUAUGUUUAAGCCUGAGUAUUACUGUGUUUUUUCCUUUGCAAUACAUUCGGAUAUUGAUUAUGCA